UACCUCACCUGGGGUUCCUAGAUCCUGUGCUCAGGUGACUGCAUCAGCUGCGAUAUGGUCAAAUCCACAUCUACAGCCACUGAGAUUGAUUUGGCUAUUGAAUCAAAAAACUUUUCAGUAAUAAAUAGGACCACUCUGAGUGGCCACGUUCUUUGGCGUCCCUCCAAGGUCACUGACGAGAAGAUUUCAUUCAGGGACCUCACUCCUGGGACGAGCUAUCUUAUCAGCUUUUCGAAUGGCUCCAGUACCUGCUGUCUACAAGUGCAAACAAAACCCACUCGUGUGUUUGACGUUCAAGCUACUUCCGUCAAUCCUACCAAUGUGACCCUAACCUGGAAAAACAAUGACACAGCUGCUUCGGAGUAUGUGUAUAAAGUAAAGAAUGAGACAGGAGAUGAGUUGAUGAAUGUUAAGGAUGGAACAAGCUGUGACAUCACAGGCUUAAGUCCAGCAACUUCAUACAAUUUCUCCAUUACUCCACAAAUUGUCAAUGGGACUUGGGGAGAGCCUACAUUCAUAAGCAUCACCACAGAGCCUAGGCCAGUUGCUAGUCUUCGUGUUGCCUUCGUGGAUGAGAGGGAGGUUGUUCUUCUCUGGAGUAAUGAUAAUGGCACUGCCUCCUGCCGGAUGCUGCUGGAAAGCAUUGGAAACCCUCCAGAGUUAGCAGUCAAUAUUUCACAGCUGAAGCCAGGGGCUCAAUACAACAUCACUCUGCAUCUUCCAAAAACGAAUGAGACACAGAGAGAACCCCUGGUUGGAGAAAGCAGCUUGGAUGCCAACACCACAGAGAAUAGCCCAGCAGAGAGCCUGCCCCAGCCACACAGCGCCCCUGCUGUCCCCGAGUCCGAGUAUGUCACCAUUGAAUAUGGAGGCCCAUCCUCUGGCCAGGAGUCCCAAAACACAGAGGUCCUGAUUGAUGGGUUAAAGCCUGGAGCUAAGUACCAGGCCACUGUGUAUUCGCAAGCAGCAGAUGGCACAGAAGGACAGCCCCAGAAGAGAGAGUUCCAGACAGUGUCUCUUCGGGUGUUGGACAUCAGAGUCGUGAAUAUCAGUGCCACAAGCAUGAUCCUGACCUGGAGAGUCAGCCAUAACGGGUCGUGCUCUCUCUGUACCUAUGGGAUACAAGUGUCUGGGGACACUGGCUCCUUCAAUCUCACCGUCAGUGAGACUUCUGCUGACAUCUCUGGACUCAACUCGAGUAGCUUCUACAACGUCACAGUGCAUCCUUUCCUAGGUGACACUGAGGGCUUGCCGGGCUUUCUCCAAGUGUACACCACUCCCGGUCCGGUUUCUGACUUUGAAGUGACAAGUGUCAGCACAAGCAAAAUCGGCUUAGCUUGGAGCAGCAAGGAUGCAGAGUCCUUUAAGAUACAUGUCCUACGGGAGCCAGAAGUUACAAAGUUUCGGGAGGAGUCAACAACCAACCAAAGUAUUAUCAUUGAUGGCUUACAGCCUGGAACCACUUAUUGUUUUACGAUAUUUCCGCAAGGACCAAAUGGGACUACAGGGCCAUCUCAGACGGUCUGCAAUGUAACCGAGUCCAGUGCAGUGCUUGACAUCCACGUGGUCUACGUCAGCAACACUGAAAUGCAGCUGGAGUGGCAGAGUACAGACAAAGCUUCUGAGUUCACCUACUGCUUACUGAUACAGUUCAAGAAUAGCUCUGACCAAAGGGACACUGUUCACAAAAACAUCACCCUCCGUGACCUCAUCCCAGGCACCUUGUAUAACAUCACAGUCAUUCCUGAAGUGGACCACAUGCAGGGGGACUCCAACUCCAUCCUACAGUACACACGGCCCAGCAGUGUAUCCAGCAUUGAAAUAAGUACCAACACCACAGCAGCAGCCUUAAGUUGGAAGAAUCUCGAUAUAGCCUCUUCCACGUACUCCUACCGCCUUCUUAUUGAGGGGGCUGGAAAUUCCAGCAAUGCAACACAAGAAAUCACGGGCGUUGGAAUCACCUCCACUACACUCACCGAAUUAAUACCUGGCAUGUCUUACACAGUAGAGAUCUUUGCACAAGUUGGGAAUGAUACAGAGUCACUGGACCCUGGCUGGAAGUCAUUCUGUACAGAACCUGCGCCUGUGGCCUUCCUGCAUUGCAAAGCCGUCUCCAGGGAGCCAUCCUUGGUUCUGACCUGGGCCCGCCCGUCUGGCAUCAACAUGGGCUUCGAGCUGGAGGUUAGCGGUGCAACCUGGGACAACACAACGUUCCUGGGGAGCUGCUC